AAAAUUAAACAUUUUAAUAAUUGUAUAUGUUUAAAAUUUAUCAAACGACGAUUGUGAACGUGUGUAAAGUUUUUAUAUCAUUCACAAUGGCGUUGAUUGGUGUUCUGCAAAAAAGUCACCAAUAUUAGUAGUCCUUCUUGCGAAUUUUGAAUACAUUCAUCAGUUUGCUCAUUGUUGGUUGAUUGUUGGAAAAAUCGAAGCGGUGAAUCGGAAUCGAGAAAGUCGUCGGACGUUGCAUUUUCCGACAAUUAAAAGUUAUUAUUUUUUGUUAAAGAUUUACUUUCGUAUUAGGUUUCCCCUUCACUUGGCUGAUUGUGUCGUAGUUGCUGUUCCGUUUAUUAACGUUUUGUGAAUUGAUAACUGCUUUUGGGGGCUGCUCUUCACACGUUGUUGUGUGUGCAGCGCAAACAUUUGUUGUUGUGCGGUUGCAAGAUGACUGACGUCUACGACGGCAACGGUGACUACGCAAACUACAAUGAUGAUGAUGACUAUGGCAAGCAACGUAAAAGCGGUUGUGUACCGGGAGUAGAUCCACAUAAUGGUGAUAGCUCAAAUCAUGAUCUACACCACCAUGUAGGCGGAGUUGUUGGCAGCGGUGGUGGUGGUGGCGGUGUUGUCGGUGUUGGAAUGGGUAUGAUGGGAGGCGGUGGCGAAGGUGGUCAAUUGAACGAUAAGGCAAACGAAUACAUACGUGAUUGUAUGGCUGAGAAAAAUCGUAUGGAUAGAAAGUUUCCAAUUGCCGAAAAAUUAAUGGACUGUGAAAUCGAGAAGGUCCAAUCUAUGGGUCGCAUACCACCACGUGAACAAAAAUAUGCGGAUAUUUAUAGAGAAAAACCAUUGCGUGUUUCUCAAAAAGUAUUGGUACCAAUACGGGAACAUCCCAAGUUUAAUUUUGUUGGCAAAUUAUUGGGACCAAAAGGGAAUUCCUUGCGCCGAUUGCAAGAGGAGACACUUUGUAAAAUGACCGUACUGGGACGCAAUUCGAUGCGUGAUCGUGCGAAGGAAGAGGAAUUGCGUUCGUCAAAAGACCCGAAAUAUGCACAUUUAAAUAGUGAUUUACAUGUGGAAAUCUCUACAAUCGCACCACCGGCAGAAGCUUAUGCGCGUAUCGCCUACGCAAUGGCUGAGCUACGCAAGUACUUAAUACCUGAUAGUAAUGAUGUUAUACGACAAGAGCAGCUAAGAGAAUUAAUGGACAAUACAGGCAUUUCUGACGAUGUAACCAAGUCAGCUUAUAAGAAAAUUCCUCACCAGCCGCCUAGUAGUAAUCUAACUGGCGGUGGUGUGGGAAGUGCAGGUGGUACAGCUGGUGUUUUAGGUGGCGCCGGCGGUACGAUGGGUGCAGUAGCUGGUGGCAACAAUAUGUCUAUGGGUAAAGGGGCGCCACAUCAUGCAUACCGAACUCCGCAAUCCACGCAAAAUUUGCAAUUUAAUAAAAAUACAGUAGCACCUAAGCAAAAGGUUUUGUCCAUAUUAGAGAAGGCACGAACUGCCAUGGAAGAAACAUAUGGACGUGGCUACGAAGACCCAAUCUCAUAUGAGCAACCCACAUACGAUGCUUACCCCUAUGGCCAUGGACCGACUACACAUGCACAUACUGGACAUGUGUCAAGUAAUACCGGCAUAGGUACAGCAAAUAUGGCACCGCGAGGACCCUAUGAUGUUUCCGAUUAUGAAACUGAUUACAAUAGAAGAGAUUAUUAUCCCAAUUCGUCGAAUUUCGGAGGUGGCGGCGGUGCUUCGACUAUGCAUUCAAAUCACAACACUGGCAUAAAUCCGAAUCAUAAUCGAAGCCACGUUAAUAGGUGAAAUUCGUACGCCAGACUACACACAACAAAUGCAAGUAUUGUUGCGUCACACAUUACCACAGCUAGCACAGCAGUCAACACCACCACCACCAUAACCACCACAAAUAACACCUCCCCAAACGCCAGAGUCGGACAGUGUAAUAACCAUAAUAUUAGCAACAAUUACUACAACAAUAA